AUGGUGGUUAGAAAGCCGAAAAGAACACACAAAGACGUAGAUGAGGAUAUACGACGGUACAAGGAGCUUCUCAAACGUGAUAUUGGAACAGAUAUACCUCCCAAAAGGUGUAGAGUCAAAGUUGAGUAUGAGCCUGAAGUUGAAAUAAAGAGAGAGGAGCCAGAGCCAAAGGCAGUAAUUGCGUUCCGACAGACGAGAUCAGUAACUCGAAGAAUGGCAGAGAAUCCGCCAAUGCCCAGAGUGUCGAAACCAGUGGAAACAGAACCACGACAAAUCACGAGACCACUAUUUAAGAGCAUAGGAAACAAGAGUCAUAAGAAAGGUAAUAAAGAAAAUCAGAAAAACAUAGCAGAAAGUCAGAAGGUUCAGAAUAAAAACAAAAAUCUUACUGUUCCAAUUCCACUUGAGAAUAUAACAAAAUUCGCGAAAUUGGAAGAUAAAGUCAGUUUCGACAACAGCUAUGCUGGCAUGAUAAAGCUUGUAAAUGACAAUUUGGAUCGGGAUCCUAGAAAAAGUACCAUCGAUAUAGCAUUGCACCACCGGUUGAUUUCGAAGAAUUUGGUAGCUGAGAAAGAGAAAUUAGAGUUGAAACCUGAUUGUUACAGCGAUUUCUAUCACAAAAAUGCUUUGAAUGUGACGAGCUUCUUCAACAGUAGUGAUAUUGACUCGUUCUUUGAAGCUUUGAGUGGAUUCGAGAGCCAACGUGAGUUGAUUCGUGACAAGCUUAAGAGAGAAAUUCCAUUAGUGUAA